AUGAAUUCCGGUGAAGAUCGGAGAAUAAGAAAACGAAGUCAGAACGCUUGCAUUCGUUGCCGACGACAGAAAAGCAAAUGUGGGGGCAAACAUCCCCGCGAGCCUUACAAGCGACGCAGAAUCAGAUGUGACUGUGAGGCUGAGGAGCCCAAGGUCUUUAUCUCGAAAAGGCAUGUCUCUGAGCUUGAGGACAAAAUAGCUCUGCUGGAAGCCCAACUUGAAUCUUCACCCGGGACUGCAAGAAUUCGCUCUACGACGUCGCAUUCAGUCUAUGAGUACACGCAAUAUCAACAAGCUUCUGGUGAAGAAGAUGGCGAUGAGCAACACGAGGAUGUCCAGAUAUGCGAUACACUCUUGGCCUCUGGAUAUUUAACGCACGUCAAAAAUAAAAAAAAGAACCCCAUGUGA